UGAGCGACACCCGCUUUGCUUAUAUUUCGAUCCCAAAGCUACGCAAGCAAACAAUGUAUAACAUCAGCAGCUAUAGCAAUAACUAUUUGACGCCGUUUCCGAUACCAGAUGACACGGUGCUUUCUACUCCGCACCUUCUCUGGGGAAGUCCAAAUGUGUUCACUGUUGAACCUCAGCAUCUUCGUUUCAGGCCAAGUUCGAGACGGAUCUGUGUCUGCUAUGCAUGGUAUUUGUACGACAGGGACAGUAUUCUUAGAAUUGGUUUCGAUUGCGCUAAAGACCUCUGACACUUGCUUGUUGUACACACCCAACAACGAGUUGGCCAGCAACCAACUUCUCACCCCAGUUCUAUUCAUCACUUCACCUCACUUCUACCUUGUAAAACACUUCUGUUCCAUACUGACAUGGAUUACAGACAUGGUUGGGAUAAAAGGGACAGGACAACAGCUCCUAUUUCGGAUCACUCCCAGUUUCGGUGGUCAGGCUGAAAGGUACGCUUUGACAGUUCGGUUGCAACCGAACUGUCAAAGCGUACCACAAGGCUAUUGGCUAAUUCCUAUUGAGCCGGGCGGGUGAUAUCAAAAUAUACAUUACCCGUCGCCCGACCUGGCUAUACGACUAUGGAGAAAUGUUGGUUUUCAUUUUGAGACAUUGCAAGCAACGUCGUCCGAGCGCACAGGGCGUGAAAACGAGCUCUGACCAGAGUUUCGUGAUCUAUAAGAUGAACCGCUUGGCUCGCUCCCGUUCAGGGAGCAGCCUUGAGCUGGUAUCACCUUUGGAACAUAUGAGUUAUCUAGUCAUAGCUUCCACCAUCAUAUCAGUUCCAGGCGAUUGAAACUUAUUGCUUCUUGCUGUUCCUGUGAGGGCAAUAGCAUGGACUUCUCACCUGAACAACUGGCAGCCCUUGAUGCAGAAUCGAAAGGUCCCACAACUCUUGUUGUGGUGAUACUUUUCACUAUUUUGUCGUUUUUCUUCGUUUGCAUGAGAUAUGUCUCUCGAUUUGCGAUUAUUAAGAGGGGGAGUGCGGAGGAUUAUACAAUCGGUGUUGCAAUGAUACUUUCAAUUGGAAUGGCAGCCUGCAUGAUUGAACAGGUCAAAUAUGGCAAUGGCCGUCAUGCUGCGCUUCUGGAGCUCGACAACUUUAUAGGCAUUCUGAAGUAUCUUUACUUCAGCAUAUUGGCCUACUGCAUGGCCAUCACCCUUACGAAAAUUAGCAUUCUUCUCCAGCUGCAGCGCAUUUUCGGUGUCAACAAGCUCAUGCAUUUUGCAACACUUAUAAUGAUGGCUGUGGUCGUGUCAUACGGGAUUGAAUCGGUUACAAUCGGGAUAUUUACUUGCACGCCAGUGCGUGCAUACUGGGAUUUGAAGAUUCAAGCUACGUCGCGUUGCCUACCACAAGACAAGGUCUACUAUGCUAAUGGUGGCCUCAACAUUGCGAUAGACCUCACUAUUGCAACAUUACCCAUUUACUCGGUCUGGAAGCUACAGAUCGACAUUCGACAGAAGAUCGCGCUCAUGGCCGUCCUUGCCCUUGGUUGGUUCGUCUGCUUUGUGUCGAUACUCCGUCUCCAGGCGCUCGUUGUAUUAUACCAGCACCCUGAGGAUACAACUUGGUACUCGCCCGAAACCGCAUACUGGUCAUGUAUCGAGGUAAACGUGGGAAUUAUCUGCGCCUGUGCUCCAGCGAUUCGGCCCGUCCUUGUGCGCAUCGUCCCACGUAUCUUUGGCACACCCGACUACGGGAGCGGAGGGCGCACCUCGAAAACACACCCGCCAUUCAUCGAGCUCGGAGAUAACAAAUCUGCACCUUCCACUACAAUCAGGUCAAAUGGGGCCCGAUCUGGCCGAUCUGGCUCAAGGAAUGAAGUUCAAGAGAGUGGCGCGUGGAGGGGGUUUGGUCGAUUGGAGAAACCCCCUCCAGUUGCCCCAGCCAACACCACUACGCGCAUAAAUAUUAGCCGUGAUGUUGAGCAGACUUUUUGGCGUGGGGAUGAGGAUUCAGAUGGAUAUAACAACGGCUUCAAGGGGAGCGGCGGAAGAGCUGAAAGUACAAGAGAAUUAGUACGAUAGGACAUCUAUAGCACCACGAUAUAAUGAAG